AUGACACUCCCCCACUUCGCGGUGGCUCUGAUUCUCGGGGCGCUCCCCGGAGUGGUCAGCUUUGAUUCGGCCCUCGGUUAUCCCCUCCACCACCGCCAUCACCAUGCGCCGUCUCGGGGUCCCCGGGACCCUUAUUACCUUACCACCCAGCGGCGGCCACGGAAGACACCGCCGCCCCCGCUCCCGCGCACCCUGCACCCCCCGCCGGCGCUCCGCGCCUCGCGCGCGCACGGCCUCCGCACGCCCCGGCCGCCUCCCGGGGACUGCCCCGCCGGCGCGCCCGGGGCCAACGUGACGGACUCCGGCGCCCCUUGUCUGCGCUGGGCAGACGUGCCGCCGUUCCUCGCGCGGUCGCCCCCGGCGGGCUGGGCGCAGCUGCGAGGGCAGCGCCACAACUUUUGCCGGAGUCCGGACGGCGCGGGCAGACCCUGGUGCUUCUACGGGGCCGCCGGCGGCAAGGCGGACUGGGGCUACUGCGACUGCAGACGCGGGUCAGUCCGGCUUUGUGGUGGCAAAAGCGCCUUUGAAGGCACAGUAGAAGUCUAUGAGAAUGGAGUCUGGGGCGUCAUUUGUAGCAGCCACUGGGAUGACGCUGAUGCUUCAGUCGUUUGUCACCAGCUGCAGCUGGGAGGAAAAGGAGUCGCAAAACAAACCCCAUUUUCUGAACUGGGCCUUAUUCCCGUUUAUUGGAGCAAUGUCCGUUGCCGAGGAGAUGAAGAAAAUAUACUGCUUUGUGAAAGAGACAUCUGGCAGGGUGGGGCAUGUUCUGAGAAGAUGGCAGCUGCUGUCCUGUGUAGCUUUUCCCAUGGCCCUGCGUUCCCCAUCCUGCGCCUUGUUGGGGGGAGCAGUGUGCGUGAGGGCCGAGUGGAGGUCUACCAUGCCGGUCAGUGGGGGACAGUCUGUGACGACCAGUGGGAUGAUGCGGAUGCGGAAGUGGUCUGCAGGCAGCUGGGUCUGAGUGGCAUUGCCAAAGCAUGGAAUCAGGCGUAUUUUGGGGAAGGGUCUGGCCCGGUAAUGUUGGAUGAGGUACGCUGCACUGGGAAUGAGCUUUCUAUUGAGCAGUGUCCAAAGAGUUCCUGGGGAGAGCAUAACUGUGACCAUAAAGAAGAUGCUGGAGUGUCCUGUACCGCUCUAACAGAUGGCGUCAUCAGACUUGCAGGUGGUGAAGGCGGCCACGAGGGUCGCCUGGAGGUGUAUCACAGGGGACAGUGGGGAACUGUCUGUAAUGACGGCUGGACUGAUCUUAAUACCUAUGUGGUUUGCCGGCAGCUGGGAUUUAAAUAUGGCAAACAAGCCUCUGCAAACCACUUUGAAGAGAGCAUGGGACCCAUAUGGCUGGAAGGCGUCAGUUGCUCAGGAAAGGAAGCCAGUUUCCUUCAGUGUUCGCGGGGACCCUGGGGAAGGCAUGACUGCAGCCAUCGGGAAGAUGUUGGCAUCUCCUGCUACCCCGGCGGGAAUGGAUUCAGAGUAUCCCUGGGUUUUCCAAUCAGACUGAUGGAUGGAGAAAAUAAGAAGGAAGGACGAGUGGAGGUUUUUAUCAACGGCCAGUGGGGAACAGUUUGUGAUGAUGGGUGGACUGAUAAUGAUGCCAGUGUGAUCUGUCGACAGCUUGGCUACAAGGGCCCAGCCAGAGCAAGGAGCAUGGCGUAUUUUGGGGAAGGGGAGGGACCCAUCCAUAUGGAUAACGUGAAGUGCACAGGAAACGAACGGUCCCUGGCCGACUGUGUCAGACAAGACAUCGGAGACCACGACUGCCGCCACAGUGAAGACGCAGGAGUUAUUUGUGAUUAUCUUGGGAAAAAAGCACCAGGAAACAGUAGUAAAGAGUCCCUCUCAUCUGUUUGUGGUUUGAGAUUAUUGCCCCGUCGGCAGAAGCGGAUCAUUGGUGGGAAGAAUUCUUUAAGGGGUGGUUGGCCUUGGCAAGUAUCCCUCCGGCUGAAGUCAUCCCAUGGAAACGGUAGGCUCCUUUGUGGGGCCACGCUCCUGAGUAGCUGCUGGGUCCUUACAGCAGCACACUGCUUCAAGAGGUACGGUAACAGUACUAGGAACUACGUGGUUCGGGUUGGGGAUUAUCAUACGCUGGUGCCGGAGGAGUUCGAAGAAGAGAUCAGAGUUGAGGAGAUCGUAACCCACCGGCUGUACCGCCCGCACAGCAAUGACUAUGACAUCGCCCUGGUUAGGUUACAAGGACCAGAGGAGCAGUGUGCCAGACUCAGCAGCCACGUUCUGCCGGCCUGCUUGCCACGCUGGAAAGAGAGGCUACAGAAGAGAGCCCACAACUGCUAUGUAACAGGAUGGGGAGACACAGGACCAGCCUACUCAAGAACUCUACAACAAGCAGCCAUCCCCUUACUUCCCAAGAGGUUUUGUGAACAUCGUUAUAAGGGUCUGUUUACACGAAGGAUGCUCUGUGCUGGAAACCUCCAUGAACACAAACGUGUGGACAGUUGCCAAGGAGACAGCGGAGGACCACUCGUGUGUGAACGACCGGGAGAGCGCUGGGUUGUGUAUGGGGUGACCUCCUGGGGAUACGGCUGUGGAGCCAAGGAUUCCCCUGGUGUUUAUACCAAAGUCUCAGCCUUUGUACCUUGGAUAAAAAGGGUCACCAAACUGUAA